AUGGCGUCCUACCCGUACGACGACCCGACAAUUGAUCAAGCCCAGCGGGACUAUCUGAGGAAGCUGGCCAGCUUCGCCGAGGACCAGGACCUCUCCGAGGACCUUCGUUCGUAUGUCCGGGGAAUCACAAUAGCGUUUACCGCCUUCGCCGCCUUCGUGGUCGGCUUGCGGUUCACGGCGCGCCAUCUCCAGGGUGCGAGGUACCUGAUCGACGAUUAUACGAUGCUGGCUGCGUUGAUCAUCUUGAUCGGAAACAUGAUCAUGAACCUGAUCUUGGUGGAUGGGGGCAUCGGACUGCAUUCUGGCCGUCUUACGCUCCAACAGAUGCAGUUUCUCGACAGGACCAUGAUUGGCGCUGAGAUCCUCUAUGUGAACGGCGUCAACGUGUACAAGAUCGCGCUGCUGCUUCUCUACCUACGUAUCUUCCCGAUGCCCGAAGUCCGAAAGGGGGCCUGGAUCUGCGGGAGCUUGACGACUCUCUGGACGUUCGCCUGCGUCAUCGCCGCCUCGAUACAAUGUAUACCCCUGAACAGGCUCUGGGAGCCCUGGAAAUCCGGGACCUGCAUCGACCUGUUCCUGACGCAGCUCUGCAUCGCCAUACCAAGUAUCAUCGUCGACAUCGCCAUUCUCUACCUGCCGAUCCCCCACGUCUUGAAACUGCAGAUGAACCGGGCUCAGCGUAUUUUGGUUCUUUUUACUUUCCUGCUCGGAAGCUACGUCGUUUUCUGCAGUGUCUAUCGCUUCCGAAUUUUCCUUUUGUAUACGAGAAACGACAUACCUUAUUCAUUGGCCCAAGGCCUGGCAUGGAAUAUUAUUGAGAUAAGCAGUGGCAUAGUGUCAGCUUGCUUACCGACACUGGGCCCUAUCGUCCGGAUUUUGUGGAAGGGGCUGCUUGACUCCGCUCAGCGAAGCGGGAUGGACAAAUACGGCUUCAACUCCUCCAACAACAAGAAAUCGGGCGUCAGGUCAGGAGGCGUGACCAUUGGCGGCGGCCAGAGGUCCGGAAACGCCUCCCACGCCCGGGACGGCUCUAAAGAUUGGUCCAAGUUCUCCGACGCCAACAGCAAGCCCAGCUUCCGCGAGGAGGCCAAGUACGGCAUCGGACUCCGGACGAUCGGCGGGGGCGACGACGACCGCAGCUCGCGGAGCUCCAACGACGUGGAACUCGUGCCUCAGGGCACCGUCAGCGUGACCAUCAGGAGCCCCGCGAGCGCCAACUUCCCGGAAAACGAACCGGCCCCGACGGCGAGGGAGCACUACCACGGGAAGAAGCUCACGAAGCAGAACAGCACGUCGGGCGCGUACCCUCACCUGGACAACAGGAUCUGGCAGCACCGCGAGGUCGAGGUGACGACGGAGCCGGUCGAGCCGGAGUCGAUGAUUCCCGAGUUCAAUAGCAAGAGGAGAUCGGGAACGGGAAUGUGA